GACCUAAAGAGUAUAUAAUGUCGGUCAUGUUUACUGGCCCGACUCUACAUUUCUCAGCCACUCCGAGCUGAUUUCCUCACCUCUUGCUUGCACGAUUCGAGUAAAUAUCGUGUCUCGCUUGAGUAGUUUUGUCGUACGACUUUGAUUGGUCGCAUCUCCGCGCUAACUCAACACAUUUAUAAAAGCACUGAAACCGCGAUGCUUGUUGCACGUAAAGCCCUCUCUUCUUCCUCUGCACGCCGGUCUGUCUCCGCCAUAUUCCAUCGAGCUAUGGUGUGUGCAAUGAGCUGCAUAAGUUGCCCCGUUUUUCUGACAUUGUUCCAGUCAUCCCACGAAGUUGUCAUCGUUGCUGCCUCCCGUACCCCCGUUGGAUCAAUAAAUGGCGCGCUGAAGACUUUGACUGCACCCCAGCUUGGCGUAAUUGCUCUCAAGCAUGCUUUCGAGACCUCCAAAGUCGACCCUGCUGUCGUUGAGGAGCUCUUCUUCGGCAAUGUCGUUCAAGCUGGUGUUGGCCAGUCCCCGGCACGGCAGGUCGCACUCGGCGCUGGUAUGAAAACUAGCUCCGAUGCCACCACCAUCAACAAGGUCUGCGCUAGCGGCCUGAAAUCCAUUAUACUUGCGUCGCAGAGCAUCUCGUCCGGAUACAGAUCUGUUGUUGUUGCUGGUGGUAUGGAAAGCAUGAGCAACGCGCCCUUUUUGCUUCCUCGUCACAACCCUACGUUCGGCAAAUUUGAGGUAAGAGACUCGCUGGAGACCGAUGGUCUCUGGGACGUGUACAACAAGUUCGCGAUGGGCCACUGCGGUGAGCACGCAGCGGAGAAGCACCAGAUUUCUCGAGAAUCGCAAGACGACCAUUGUAUCGAGUCAUACAAGCGCGCGGAGAGAGCAUGGAAGGGCGGUGCAUACGAAAAUGAGAUUGCGCCAGUUACCAUCAAGGGCAAGAAGGGCGACACUAUCGUAAAGGAAGAUGAGGAGUUCAAACGUGUCAUCUACGAGAAGAUUCCAACGCUCAACCCGAGCUUCAAAAAGCAAGGCGGGACCAUCACUCCCGCGAACUCAUCGUCACUGAACGACGGUGCAUCGGCUCUUAUCUUGAUGUCAGCUGAGAAGGCAAAGGAACUUGGUGCUACUCCUCUGGCGAAAGUCCUCUCUUACUCUGAUGCCGGUGUUGAACCAAUCGACUUCCCAUCUGCCCCUUCCGUUGCCUUGCCCAUUGCCGUAAAGAAUGCUGGCCUUACACUCGACGAUAUCUCAUUAUUCGAGAUCAACGAGGCUUUCUCCGUUGUCGUUAGAAUCGUGGAGAAGACGCUUGGCGUUGAUCCCGCAAAGAUCAAUGUUAACGGUGGUGCCGUCGCUCUUGGACAUGCUAUCGGAAACUCAGGGGCGCGUAUUAUUGUGUCACUUAUCCACGCUCUCGAAUCAGGACAAUACGGUGCUGCGGCAAUCUGCAACGGGGGUGGUGCCGCAUCAGCAUUGGUUAUCCAGAAGCUAUAGGUUGAGAAUAUACACUAGUACCGGAUGUUACCCCACAUUAGAGCACUAUAUCUUUAUCAUUGAAUCAAGCGGUAUACCUCCAUCAUUCGAGCGUGUGGCACAACUGAGUAUUCUGCCUUGAGA